AUGCCGAGAUCCACGACGAUAUGGGCUGCGGCCCUGCUGCUUGCCAGCCUGUCUGGUUCGGGUCCGAUGUUGACCACCGCAGAGGCCAUGCCAGCACCCGGCCCACAGCAAACCGCGGGGAAACCGAAAUACUACUUCCCACGGCAUGUAAAGCGUCAAAUUGUAACCAAUACUACCGCGCCAGCUUCGUCAACAUCCUCCUCAUCCUCCUCAAGCAGCACACCUGAUUUGGAAACGCGCAAGUCGUCG